AUGGAUUCCGUGAACUCGCCGGCCGAUGAGGACAUUGAGUGGGGAUCCACCGCUGCCCUCUGUCCUUUCUGUGGUAAGAGUUUUUGUUCAGGUGGGUGUUUGCGCUCACCGAAACAUGAAAGUUCCCACAAUUACUCAGACAUUGCGAGCAAUGAAGAGAUCUUGCCCACACUCUCGUCGUCGCCGUCCAGUAGUGGUGCUGUGCCGCCGUAUCUGGCUUUGGCUGUUCUUGAUGAACUUCUAGAUGAUGAUGACGAUGAGGGUGAUGACACUCUUUUAUAUGUCCUUUCACAGACCUUGGAUGGUGCAAACGAGGUGACAGCUGACUUGGAAAAGACAAAAAGGGAACUGGAGGCCCUCAUGAUGCAUCACCUGGAGUGUGCGCGUCAGCCACGUGUUGUGUCGGACGGAGACAGUUCGGCUUUUCCACAGCCCGCCGAGGCCAACGACAGCGACUUGUUGCAAGAGCCUGGCUGUAGCUAUCAGGAACUUAUGACAUGUGUGGCGGAGGGGAUGAAUCUUGCUACGAGUCAGCCGGUGGCCGGCACCACCCAGGCGCAGCUGCUGAGCCAGAACCCAGCACUGACGAUGAUGCGAUCGAGGGUCAGCCAGCUGAAGCGCCGAUACCAGAAGGACGGUUUUAAUCUCGACUUGACAUACAUCACCCCACGUGUCAUCGCCAUGGGAUGCCCCGCGUGGGGCACGGAGAAGUACUACCGAAAUCCUAUUGACGAGGUCGAGCUCUUCCUGGAGAGUAAGCAUGGCGGCCACUACCGCAUCUACAACCUAUGCUCGGAGCGACCAGAGUAUGACUCACCAAAGCGUUUUCAAGGCCGAUACAAGCGUUUUCCGUUUGAUGAUCACAAUGCACCUUGCCCCAUUAGUGUAAUAACAGAUUUCGUCCAAGACGCCGUGGCCUUCUUCGCGGACGACAUUAAAAACGUAGUUGUUGUGCACUGCAAAGCAGGCAAAGGUCGGACUGGGGUGAUGAUCUCAUGCCUCAUGCGCUCUCUUGACCCAGAGCACAUUCCCGACGCGGAGACAGCGUUGCGGUUCUUUGGUGAGGCGAGAACACACGACGGCCGUGGUGUCACAAUUCCCUCACAGCGUCGCUACGUGCAUUACUACGACCGCAUCGUGCGAGAAUUCGGAGGAAAUCCUCCACCACUCCGUGCACUGAGGCUGUACCAGAUAACUAUAGAUUCUGAAAUAAAAACAUCAGGUCAAGUAGAAGUCUAUUUCAUUGUGGAGGAAAAUGGUGAAGAGAAGAUCGACUCUCGGCGUGUAUUUCUCGGCCGUCCGAAGAAGGACCCCAAAGGCUUUCUGUUUCUCUUCCAGGAGGAACCAAAGCUGCAGGGUGAUCUACGCUUUAUUUUCUACCAACGCAAUCGCUUGGUCGAUACUGAGUUAUUCCACUUCUGGCUUAACACAUCUUUGUGUAGUACCUACGAGCAGUUAUCGUUAAAAGACAGGCAACUGGAUGGGCGGCCAGCCAAGUCGAAAGUAAAGGAAACCCUUUGCGAGGAUCUGACUGUUAAUGUGAUUUUUCUGGAGGAUUCUGCUGAUGGUGGUAAACAUGAGAAGAUUAAUUCUGAGGGAUGCGCGGAAAGGGAGGCGGCUGUGCCACCCAAUGUUCAUACUGUUAGUUACUUCUUACCCAAGGGGCUGCAAAGAUUUUUGCCAAAGUUGUCGCCGUCCUAA